CCUGAUUACCGGUGUCAUUUCAACCAAGUUGCGAGAUGCAGUUUCAAGAGGGGAAGUCUAACGAUAACUACCCCUAAGUAAGGCUACACUUAUUCGCCGCAUCCUAACACGAGGAGAUAUUUACUUAAUAUACUUAACUGAGGUACAACCUAAAAAAGUCCAACCAUGUCGCUACCUACCUUGAGCUUUGCCGUCUUUCUUGGAGUUGCUGUCCGCUUAGCUGCAUGCUCUGUAGACAAAUGUGCGUCACUCGGCGCCCAAAUUCCGGUUCCUAAUAGUACAAUUCUUAUGUAUAACUACUUACUCAAUGGAACAACUAUCGAUCUUCCCGGGACUGUAGAGUCCUGUGGAGGCCCGAACCUCAAAGCUAACGUCACAGCCGAUCUCUGUCGGUUCGUGUUUACCGUCACAACUUCUCCCUCGAGCGAGAUACAGCUAGAAGCCUGGCUUCCAGAUUCGAAGACCUGGAACGGAAGAAUAUUAGCUACAGGGAAUGGUGGCAUUGGGGGGUGUAUUGAUUACGCUACUAUGCAAAAUGGGGCAGGAUUGGGAUUUGCAUCUUUCGGGACUAACUCUGGACACAACGGAUCAGUAGGAUAUGAGUUUUUCCUAGACCAACCUGAGGUCAUCAACGAUUUCGGCCACAGAUCUAUUCACGUCGAAGCAGAGGUCAGCAAGGAAUUGGCACAUCAGUACUACGGAGCCAGAGCAACCAAGACGUAUUACGCGGGCUGUAGUACGGGGGGACAUCAAGGGUUUCAAAACGCGCAUUUGCAUCCCAAGGACUUCGAUGGGAUGCUUCUUGGAAGCCCGGGUAUCGACUGGUUUCGCGUUGUGGCCUCGAAGGGAAUCAUAGCACGACGCAUCGGAUGGCCUCAUCUGAAUUCAUCGGCUUAUGUACGUCCGGAGCAGUGGCCAGCCAUCGUCGAAGCACAGAUCAGAGAAUUAGAUUCUCUAGAUGGAGUAACAGACGGUAUUAUAGACGAGCCAACGAAGCACCGGUUUAAUCCUGAGAGCCUGGUAUGCGGCACCGACCUACUCAACUCCUCACUUUGCCUUAGCCCACAGCAGGUGGAAUCUGUGCGUAGAGCGUAUGAGCCAAUUGUUAGUGCCUCGGGUCAAAUCGUUUAUCCAGCCUUCGAACUAGGCUCUAGGACCGAUGUAUUCUCUGAGAAUCAGGAGAACGGGACGGCUAAGUUGAGCUAUACGAUCAUUGAAGAUUUCUGGCGUGGUGCUGUUUUCAAUAAUACCUAUUGGACACCGGAGAAUUUUAAUGAAUCGGACAUAGAUUUUGCUGUAAGCAUUAACCCAGGGCGAAUCAAUACUGCUGAGAAAGACCUGUCGAGCUUCUAUCACAGAGGCGGUAAGAUCAUCACGUAUCAUGGGAGGAAUGAUGAGGCUGUAACAUCUGCUCUCUCAGAACAAUUCUUCACUGGGGUUCAGGCCACGUUGAACCUUACGUUACAAGAUAUGCAUAGCUUCUAUCGACUAUUCUUCCUUCCCGGGAUGCGUCAUUGCUCGGGGGGGCUAGGAGCCUGGAGCAUAGGGAAUGCGCAAAAAUAUCCGUACGACAAGACGCUGCUAGAUUCUACACAUAAUGCACUUAUCGCGUUGGUUAACUGGGUCGAAAAUGGGACGGCACCGGAAACAAUUGUCGGUACAAAGUACGAAAACGAUCUUAUCGGGGGUAAUAUCACGGCACAACGAACGUAUUGCUCCUAUCCUAUGGUUAGCAGAUGGGACGGCAUUGGUGAUGCAAACCUGGCAACUAGCUGGGAGUGCGUUUUAUAAAGUCGAGCAGAACAGGAGGCAUACUCUAAUGGGAAAGUAAGCCGUAUAUUAAUUAAGUAGGCACUUUAGGGAAACUUACUUGGAACGAUUACCUACAGUUCCUUUAAUUAAUGCAUACUCCAACAUAAGUUUACCAACCCCUGAAUAAACCUUUCUAUAAACAAAAGUUCGCUGUGAUGUAUUCAACACUUUCCAACUCAACUUUCAC